GAGGAGGAGAAAGCGACGCCCCCUCCCAUCGCUUGCCACGCCCAAGAUGGCCGCUACGGCAAGCGAAGAGGCAGACGCGGCCAGCCUUCAUAGAGAGCCGGUCUCCUUAGCGACGCCACGAAAGGCCUAGGCGGGAGUGAAGGGGAAAGCAGCCUUCGCAGGAAAGGCCUGAAAGAGUGGACGCUGCUGCUGCUGCUGCCCGCCCCGCUGGGCUGUUUGGUUAUAAUGGAGAACAGACCGCUCCUCUUCCUCCAUCUGCUGUGUUUCUCCCUUGCGUCAUUCGCAGCCUGCGAUGGAGACCUCGUUCUCUUCGUCCCCGAAGAGAUUUCGAUGGAAAACGGCAGUUUGAAGAACAUUCCGGUGACUCUGAGCGCCCCGGCCAACGAGACGCUGGUGAUCACGUUUAACGUGACGUAUUCGUCCAAGGGGAACCUCACCAUUGUUCAGCUGCCCAGUCAAGUAGUUGUAGCGGCCGGCCAAAAGAACACAAGUUUCCAAGUCCGGGCGAAAGCCGUGGGGCAAAUGACCGUCUAUCUCCACAGCAAUGCACUUAACCAAACCGGGCCCAGGAUCCGGUUCCUCGUCCUUCACAGCAACGUGGUGCGGGUCAUGGACCAGGUGAUCGGGUGGAUCUACUUCCUGGCCUGGUCGAUCUCCUUCUACCCUCAGGUCUUUGAGAACUGGAGGCGGAAAAGCGUCGUGGGCCUCAGCUUUGACUUCAUUGCUUUGAACCUCACCGGCUUCAUUGCCUACAGCGUCUUCAACGUUGGGCUGUUCUGGAUCCAUGCUGUGAAGGAGCAGUUCCUGCAGGUGUACCCCAAUGGCGUGAACCCCGUGGACAGCAACGAUGUCUUCUUCAGCCUCCAUGCCGUGGCCGUGACCCUCAUCAUCAUCCUCCAGUGCUGCAUCUACGAGAAAGGGGAGCAGAAGGUCUCCUGGGUGGCCAUCGGGCUGCUCCUGGUGGCCUGGAUCUUCGUCUUCAUCACCUUGACCGUGGCCGCCGUCGGGGAAAUCACCUGGCUCCGGUUCCUGUUUUAUUUCUCCUACAUCAAGCUGGGGGUCACCCUCGUCAAGUACUUCCCGCAGGCAUACAUGAACUUUCGGCGGAAAAGCACCGUGGGCUGGAGCAUUGGCAAUGUCUUACUGGACUUCACGGGCGGCGCUUUCAGCCUCCUCCAGAUGUUUCUGCAGUCGUAUAACAACGAUGCGUGGAAACUCCUCUUUGGUGACCCCACCAAGUUCGGUCUCGGCCUCUUCUCCAUCUUCUUUGAUGUGGUGUUCAUCAUCCAGCACUACUGCUUGUAUCGCUCUCAAGAAUACGAGCCGUUUGAGUAGACGUUUCCACUUGGCAGCCACGGACACUGCAAGAAUGGACGCGGCGUGGCCUUGGUUUUCCUCUCCACGUGGACAACCUCACUUACCUCGCUUAUUUCACCCUCUGGUGCCUUAAUAGCCUCCGAGGCUGUUCAGCGUGACACAGCUGGCCUCCCCUGAACUUUGCAGCUACAUUUGGUGCCCAAGUUUGGUGGAGAGCCCAACUGGUUUUUUCGCACCAGUGAGAAAGUGACUGGUAUUUUGCUAUCAUGUCUGUUCCCAGAUAAAACAGACCAAUUUGUGAUCUGAUCCACAAACCUCGCCUCACCUACAAAAAGGGAUGCGUCUUCGGUGAAGUCCGGCUGCAGACACGGAGGAAACGGCGACCCGCGGAGGACCUGGGCCCCGCCGCCAUCCCAGUCUACUACUUGAAGGAGUAAAUUAAGCCAGUACUGGAUCUCAGAAGAGAGUUCCUAGAGGAUGCUGGACUGAAUCUCCGAGCCCGUUCUUGUGCCAAAGAAUUUGUUAACUGGACUCCUGCGUGCUGUGUGUGAAGCACCCUGAACUUGGGUGCCAAUGCGAUUAAAUCUUUUGUGGCAAAACUUUAA